CACCACCGUCAAGAUGAAGCUCAACAUUUCGUACCCGGCCAAUGGCACGCAAAAGCUCAUUGAGAUCGAAGAUGACCGCAAGCUUCGUGUCUUCAUGGAGCGCCGCAUGGGCCAAGAAGUCCCGGGCGACAGCGUUGGUGACGAGUUCAAGGGCUACAUCUUCAAGAUCACCGGCGGCAACGACAAGCAAGGAUUCCCCAUGAAGCAGGGAGUCAUGCACCCUACACGUGUGCGGUUACUCCUCGCCGACGGUCACAGCUGCUACCGUCCCCGCCGGACAGGUGAGCGUAAGAGGAAGAGUGUAAGAGGCUGCAUCGUUGCAAUGGACUUGUCAGUCUUGGCCUUGGCGGUAGUCAAGCAGGGUGACAACGACAUCCCUGGCUUGACGGAUACUGUGCACCCGAAGCGUCUCGGUCCCAAGCGUGCGACCAAGAUUCGCCGCUUCUUCGGUCUCAGCAAGGAAGACGAUGUCCGCAAAUUCGUCAUUCGCCGCGAGGUGCAGCCCAAGAAGGAGGGCGCGAAGCCCUACACCAAGGCACCACGCAUUCAGCGUCUUGUCACCCCUCAGCGUCUGCAGCACAAGAGGCACAGGAUCGCAAUCAAGCGUCGUCGGGCGGAGGCAAGCAAGGAUGCUGCGAAUGAGUACGCGCAGAUCUUGCACAAGCGUGUAGGCGAGGAGAAGCAGAAGCAGGCCGAUAUGCGGAAGAGGCGUGCGUCUAGCAUGCGCAAGUAGGUUACUUAGUGAAGUCUACUUGCCGUCUCAGUGCGUUUGCAUGUUAUGGCCGCUCAGCAAGGAUUGGCGCUUCGAAGCAUCGCCACUCGCCAUGAGCGUGGCAGGGAGGGCAGGGAUGGCGUUGAUAGUGUC